AUGGCCUUCUCACAAGACUACCUCAUCCCCCUCGCCCUUUGUCUACUCUCCCUACUCUUGAUUCGAGCCCUCCGCGCCAAAACUCGAACGGGGGGUCGCCUCCCACCGAGCCCGCGGUCCCUCCCCGUCAUAGGCCAUAUGCACCUCUUGGCUCCGAUCCCCCACCAAGCCCUGCACAAGAUUUCCACCUCCCUCGGGCCCUUGUUCCUCAUCUAUAUCGGCUCGAACCCUUGCGUGGUCGCCUCCUCGCCAGAAACCGCCCAGCAGAUCCUUAAAACCCACGAGUCAUCCUUCCUCAACCGCCCCAAGAUGGCCAAUGCCGACUACCUCACCUACGGCUCCUCCGACUUCACCUUCGCCCCGUACGGCCCCUACUGGAAGUUCAUCAAGAAGCUCUGCAUGACCCGGCUCCUCGGUGGCCCGACCCUUGACCACCUCCUCCCCGUGAGGAGCGAGGAGAUCGGCCGGUUCUUGAAAGCAAUGUUCGAGAAAGCCGCGAAGAAACAAGCGGUCGACGUCGGGAUGGAGCUCAUGAAGCUGACGAACAAUGUGAUAUCGAGGAUGGCCUUGAGCCGGAGGUGCUGCGAUGAUGAGGACGAAGCCGACGAGGUCAGGACGUUGGUGAAGGAGAUGUGCGAGCUGGCGGGGAAGUUCAACUUGUCGGAAGCGAUUUGGUUUUGUAAGAAUUUGGAUCUGCAAGGGUUUGGGAAGAGGUUGAAGGAUGUGAGAGAGAGGUAUGAUGAGAUGAUGGAGAGAAUCAUAGGAGAGCAUCAGGAGGCGAGGGGAAAGGGAGGAGAGAGAGUGAAAGAUCUGCUUGACAUUUUGCUGGAAAUCUAUGAAGAUGAGAGCUCGGAGAUUAGGUUGACCAGAGAGAACAUUAAGGCCUUCAUCAUGAAUGUUUUUGGAGCCGGAACUGAUACAUCCUCAACGACAAUAGAGUGGGCACUGUCGGAGCUCAUAAACCACCCGGACGUCAUGGAGAAAGCGAAGCAAGAGAUCGACUCCGUCGUGGGAAGAUCCCGACUCGUGUCCGAGCUGGACGUGCCGAACCUCCCUUACCUUCAAGCCAUAGUCAAAGAGACGCUCAGGCUCCACCCAACAGGUCCACUCGUCGCCAGGCUCUCGACGGAAGACACCGUCAUCUGUGGCUAUGACGUUCCGGCGAACACCCGGAUCCUCAUCAACGUGUGGGCCCUAGGUCGGGACCCGACCCACUGGGAGAACCCGCUCCAGUUCUGGCCCGAGAGGUUCAUUCAUGGAGAAGGGCUGGAUGAGAAGGGACGCCAGUUGGAUUUGAGGGGCCAGAACUUUCAGCUGUUGCCCUUCGGGAGCGGGAGGCGGACUUGCCCCGGCGCUUCGCUGGCGUUGCACUUGAUUCAUACCGUGCUCGGGGCUAUGAUCCAAUGCUUCGACUGGAAGGUUGACGGGUAUGUCGGCAUGGAGGAAGCGCCCGGUUUGUCGCUGCCCAGGGCUCAUCCCAUCGUGUGUGUGCCCGUGGCUAGGAUCGAUCCAUUGCCGGUGCCGGUGAAGUGACAUGAAGCAUUUCUACUUCUGUUGAUUAUGGCUUAUGUUGAAUGCAUAUUUUGGUUGUUUUUUUAAAAACAUAUUUGUCCAACUUCGAGUUCACGUUGCUUCGUCUAUUCCCCUAUUUGAAAUGUAAUCUGAUCCAUCAUCAGUUCAUGUUAGUUUGUCUAA